AAAGGCUAGCGGAACCCAUGUCCUCUCUGCCGGGACCAGCUGCCCCUGGUGAGGAGAAAAAAGCUGGUCCCGGGGCCAGGUUCGACGCAAAACCGUAGAUGUCUUCAGCAUGUCCCGGCAAUGCUCUUGCCUGCAGCAAGGCGAUCUGGUUCUGGACGACGUUUGAAAGCGGGUGGUGAUCGGGACUCAUUGAGUUUCUUCGAGCAAGGGAACGACAGACAGCCAUGGCCUUCACGGGCGAGGAACGGACGAUCCUCGGCCCUCUGACCACCGUCUUCACCCCGCCUGCACCAUGCACCAUCGCCGUUGGCUUCUGCUCAACCUGCGAUGUGGCUUGGUUGGGUCAGACCUGCGCGCCGACCACCGUACAGGACGACCCAAGCUGCUGGCCAACAACCACCGCAGGGGCGCCCGAGCCAGGCCGACCGCUGUACGGAUGGGGCUUCUACUCGCCCGGCCUGGAAUGCCCGGCCGGAUACACAUCGGCGUGCUCGGCGAUCGCGGGCAAGACGUCCGGCUGGAAGGUGCAGUAUCUGAUGGAGCCCGAGGAAACCUUUGUCGGCUGCUGUCCGACGGGGUUCAAUUGCGAUAACCUCAACGGUCAGACAUGCCGGCAUGUGGCUACAUCUACCACGCUCCCGACGGUGUCCUGCGAGAGCGGAUCUAGCAACAACUUCGGCUUCACUACGCUUCCCGCAGCCAAGGUCAGCGCUCUCCACCUGUACGCACCCAUGAUCCAGCUCGCGUGGAAGGCGACCGACAGACCAGACUUCGACAUCACCUCCAGCGCGGGGACAUCCGGCCCGACGACAACCUCCCCGCCGACGACCGCUUCGACCGCCACCAACACACCGCUCAACGAACCCCCCACCUCAACCGGCCCGCCCCUCUCCAACGGGGCAGUAGCAGGCAUCGCCGUCGGCAGCGCAGCCCUCUUCCUCCUGAUAAUGGCAGCAGCAGUUUUCGUCUGGCGCCGCCGCCGCCGAAACAGCAACAGCAACAGCAGCACAGGGAACGACCUGUUCCCAUCGGACGUGCCGCCGUCAUACCCUUCCGACGCGAAGUACUACUACACCGGAAACGCCUCGGAGCUGGGGGAGGGCCACGAGAGGGCCGAGGUCCCCGGGGACGCGCUCGGGUUCGGGCCUGCCGAGGUUUCGGGGCAGGGUCAUGAGCGGGUGGAGAUGUCUGCCGAGCAUCGUGGUCAUGCGCCGGCGCCGGCGCUGGGAACAAAAGGCUCGGGAGGGGAAAAUGAGCAUGGCGUGGCGUUUCAUGCUAAUGGUCUGUGUGCGAACGCGCCAGUGGAGAUGCCGACGGAGAGAUAUACCUGAUGAUGAUUUGCGAUCAUUUUUGCUUCGGGUGGUGUUGUGGUGUUAAUCAGUGAGGGCCCGGAGGCUAGAGACGAAGGGUGGGGAUUGGUGGUAAGGGAGUCUUGAUGGGGCCUUACCUGACCAGUCUGCGCUCUGUGUAUGCAGCUUUUGAGCUCCUUGUGAGAAUCCAUGGGGCACAGGCGGUUCCAUGUGCAUUGGAUGUUUGCAGUUCGUGGUGCG